UGAAAGGAUAUGGUGCUAACUUCUCUCUCCAAUCCAAGAACUUGAACAAGAACAAGAAUCCAACUUCACAACCACGUGUGGUGUAUUUUCAGAAGUUUUUUUCAUUAAUUCUAAGGAAAUAUGGGAAAGUUUCGGUCUAAAAUUAAAGGGAAGACGAAAGGAAAAAGAUGGCCAAAGGGCCAGUCAUCCACAUCAAACCCAAAACUUCAAAAAUACAGGGAAAUGGCAAAGUCCCGGUUUUUUCAGGAAAAUUUGGGAAACACUGGUUUAACCCAAAAGGCUGUCCAAAAGCACGAAGCCAUGAUGACUUACGGCCACAGUACCGGUAAACCGAGGUCCGACGCUGAGAAUGAGCUGAUUAUAGCCAAGGAAUUCGAGAAUAUGUCUGUGAGAACCGGGGAAGAUGGUUCAGACACUGAAUAUUCACGGUCAAUGAGAUCUGGCACUUACAAGACGUUUCAGACUUUUGCCUCUGACUGGAGCCAGUGCUCUAAUAUCAGCUUUGGCAAGCUCCUAAACAGAUUUGACUCUAACAAUGCGAUCCACAAGGAGAUGCUAGCGGUGUUGGCUGCUGUGACCGAAGUCAUCAAGGAACAGGGCGGGAAAGAGUCCACUACUGAGUACUAUGCUGCAUUGAUGGAAACCCUCAAAGCAUCAGAGGGCGAAGAGAGCCUUGUAGCAACACUAUCACUUCUAUCUAUGGGCAUAAAAUCCGUGCCACAAGCCGUCCUCCGGAAAGAAUUUUCAAAUUCCGCAUCAAUAUUCAUGGAUAUACUAGAGAAUAAUGAGGAGACAGAAAACGGAACCUUGCUUCGUAGUGCUAUUGGAUGUUUAUCCGUGUUAUUGAGGGCCCAAGAAUAUGCCCUGUGGGGAGACUCUUCUACAAUGAAAGUGUAUGACUCUGUCUUGGCCUUUGUUUUGCAUUCUAAGCCAAAGGUCAGGAAAGCUGCGCAGCACGCCAUUACAUCAAUACUUCGGGGCAGUUGCUUCAUGAUACCAUCAGAAGAUCACAAAAUAAAGGUGCCCAAACUGCAUCCAGCCUCGAACCGCACAGCGGAGUUCUGUCAGUCACAAAUAAAAUCAGAAGCGCUGGUCUCCGGCCACAAGCCGGUGCUGCACACGCUGGUGCUGCUGAGGGACACACUGCCGGUCUUCAGCAAGGACUACAUCAAGUCGAGCUGCGAAGCGAUCCUAUCUCUGAUGACCCACAACAACGUGUACAUAAAGACGUGUUGCUUACACACUUUGCACGCUUUAUUCUCAGCUAAAGAGUCCAACCUCACUGCUGCGUUAGUGGUGCAACUCACAAGGGCUCUGAUGUCGGGGCGGCCCCCGGGCUCCGACGCCGGUCAGGCGCUGGCGUGGGCGGCCGUGCUGCAGCAGGCGCUCGCCUGUCUCGCUCGAUUGGACCUCAAUUUGUGUAUGCCGAAUUUGCCAGCAUUUGUUAACAUCUGUGUCUCGGAGUUGUGGCUGUCUGACGUUGCUGAUAUCAAUUCGGCAUCAACGAACGCAUUAAAGAUAAUACUCCAAGAUUGCGUGAAGCCGGCGAUAGAUUCGUCAGAUUAUAUAAAGUUCAAACCUCACAUCGAAGCGAUACUGAACAGCAUCGGCUGUGGACUCGACAACCCGUUCAACCAGGCCAUCAAACACGUUAUACUGACAAUCGCCGUCUGCUUUGAGAUCGGCAACGAAAAAGUGGCGCAUAUACUCGGGCCCCUACUAAGGAAGUUAAACGACCGCCGCGAAAGCCACAACUUCCACAAUGAGAGAGAGAUGGAGUACGCCACAGGGUUUGCGAUCAAAUCCAUGGGUCCCGAGUUCGUGUUGCGAAUUAUACCGCUGAGGGACAGCCCUGAAAGCAUCAACUUGGACAGGAGUUGGCUGUUGCCCGUGUUGAAGGAGAAAAUUUCAAACUCCUAUUUGAAGUUUUUCGCGUCCGAUAUAUUGGAAAUGGCCACGUUUUGCAGGAAAAAAUCCAAGGAGCUGACACAAGCCAAAAACAUACCAGGAUCGCAUACAUACGAGCUGUUGUGUAACCAGCUUUGGGCAUUACUGCCGAGCUUCUGUAACAACCCCAGAGACAUUAAGGAUAACUUUAAAUCUGUUGCUAGAGUGUUAGGCAAUGUUCUAAAAGACAAUCCAGAGUUUCGUCUGUCCAUAAUGCAGGCGCUCCGCAAGCUGAUAUCGUGUUCAAUCGACAAUGAGGAUGAUAAAACGGAGUUGUCACGGUUCGCCAAGAAUUACAUACCGAUUCUGCUCAAUAUAUACAUGACGCCGGCGAAGGGGAGCAGCGCCGCGGGGCAGAGGCUAGCUGCUCUGGAGACUAUACAGGUUUACUUAACAAUAAGCGACCAAAACCUGCGCGAGGAACUAUUCAAAAACGCAAUCCAACAAUUAGAAGUGUCACAAGAGAACCACUUCCAAAGAGAAUCUAUCCUUGACAUCAUCCGUUUAUUGAUUCUUUACCAAACUAGUGAGAAUAUCGCGGAUUUGUUCGAUAAAUGGGUGUAUCCACUAUGCGACACCGUGUUGGAGGACCCGAAGAAGUUUAAGAAGAGUAAGAAGGAGAAAGAUAAGAUGGAAGAGGGAGAUGAGAAGAAGAGUGAACUGAGGUACAAAGACAAGGCGAAACUUCUAGAAAUGGAACACAAGAAGGCGUAUAGGAUACUAGAGGAGAUAUUCAAGAGCGACAGAGACAACUGCAAGCAGUUCCUCACAAAUAAUUAUAAGAAAAUCAAGAAAUUGUUGAUGACUUCAUUAGACAAAGUUGCCGACAGCAGUAAGGCCGCUAGGUUAAGAUGCAUAGAGCACUUAAUUAACUCGACGCCGUUCCUUAACGCCGAGAGCAAGCUGCUUAAGAGCGCUAUAGCCGAAUCUGUGAUCUGUACUAAAGACAUCAACUCCAAAUGUAGGCAGUGCGCCUUCAAUGUUAUUAAUUGCGUCGGUGAUAAGCUUAAAAAUCAGGAAGGAGGGAUGGAAGCGUUCACCUCCAUGCUGACGUCCGGCCUGUCCGCGCCCCUCCCCCGCGUGGUCGCCGCCAGCGCCAGGGCCGCGGCCGCUGCGUUGUUCCACCACUCGGACCACAUGAGGCUGGACACUGUGCAGACUCUGCUCGAGUCUGUGGCGGGACAUAUGGCAAGCAGUAAUAGAGAGGUCGUGGCUGCUGCGCUUGGUUUUCUCAAGGUUUAUGCCAAAGUAAUCCACACUGACGUGUUGGCCGGAAGUCUGCCUCUGAUCUUCAAGACGCUGUCUUCGAUGCCCGACGACUGCAAGAGGCAUUCUCGCUUGGAGAUAGGCUACUUCCUAAGCCGAAUGAUAAGGAAAUAUGGCGCUGACACAGUGGAGAAGCUUAUCCCGAGCUCCGAUGAAGUAAUGCUGAGGAGACUGAGGAAUAUAAGGAAGAUGGAGAAUAGAAAGAAACGAGCUAAAGACGGACAAACCGAUCAAGAAAGCGACUCGGACAACGACAUCCAAAUCAAAGGCGCAUCGAAAACCCUUGAAGAUAUACUCAAAGACUCUGAUUCUGAGAUGGAGUUCUUGGACGAGGACGAGCCGAGGUCAAAGGUCAAGAAGACGAAGGUCAAGGGCAGGAACCAGGCGUGGAUCCAGGACGACCCGGAGAACAUUGUGGACUUGGCCGACGUCUCCGCGUCGAGGAAGAUUACAGCGACGGACCCGACGCAGAAGAAGACAGCGGCGGAAGUGAGACAGAAGAAGAAAGAUGGCGGUUUCAGAACGGCUCCGGACGGCAGACUAAUCAUCACCGACGACGCGUUUGAUGAUGAUGGCGAUGACGAUGAGCCCAAACCCAGCGGAGAUGUUGCCAGCGACUCUGACGACACCGAUGACGAGAAAGACAGCAAGCCGUCUAAACUGCUGAAGCCUGGCACGAAACGCCGUUAUGAUGACCUCCUCAGUGUCCGGAGCAGUAGGACCAAUAGGAGUCGCGCCUCCACCGCCACACUCGGCAACUACAGGCCGGGGGGAAAGGGGAUACACAGGCCCGUGGGAUCGGCUGCGUCGGUGGCGUCGACAGUCGGCACAGAGUAUAAAUCGAAGAAAGCGCGAGGAGAUGUAAAGAAGAAAGGCAAACACGACCCAUACGCAUACUUACCACUAUCGAGGAAAAAUCUUAACAAAAGAAAAAAAAACAGUACAUCGAAACAGUUCAAAGGCAUCGUCAAAUCAAAAUCGAAGGGAGGAAAAAUCAAGUCUAAGAAAUAGUAAACCUAAGCAAAAAUAUAGGUUUAGUCCAAAGACCAAGAAAGCUGGCGUACACAUAUGUGAUAGAAAAUUUUCAUACAACUUCCCGGCCAAUAUCAACAAAGCGGCCGAUUGUAAAACCGUGCACGCGUUGAAGGACAAGAGAUCUCUGUCUCUUUUCUUCUCGUGUAUUUCUAAUAUACUUAUUUCUCUAAAUUUUAUGUGCGAAACGUCUGAUACGACGAAGUCUAUAGUUUUACGGGUUAGUAACACUAACGCGUUUUGAAGUGGCCAUCAGUUGUUGAUACGAACUUGGUCAGUCGUGUUUGAUGUUGUGAUAAUAUUUGACUAUUUAAGACAAAAGAUAUGUGUUGUUUAGAUAUUACUGUGCUGUAUCUUGUUUUUAAUAAAAAUAAUUCAAAUACAAUGUAUUUUUAUUUUAAACUA